AUGCCGUAUCCUCGACCUUGCCAAUGUGGUUUACCAGCAAUGCCAGCCAACCCACCAUGUGCCAGCCCAGUUCCAGUAUACGCAGCACCAUAUGAAAUGGCUGCUCCCUUACCAAGAAUGGCACUACCACCAGCUUCACCAAAAAUGGCAAUUGCUGCUGCACCAUUCGAAGUACCUUUACCAAAAAUGGCAAUUCCUGCUGCAUAUGAAUUAUCUGUGCAACCUGCUUUUCCAAAUAUGGCAGUUAUGCCAGCACCAUAUGAAUUAGCAUUGCCAUUACCUUUGCCAAAUCCGUCUUGUGGGUGUUUAGAAACUGCCUUGGAAAAACCAAUUCCAGAAUUCGCUUUGCCAGGUUUUCCACUGCAUAAUCCAUUUUUGCCUGCCGCUUCACCAGUCUCUGCUAUGGCCCCGUUCAAUCCGUUAUUGCCUCCUGCAACUCCGUGUAGCAAGUGCCAGUAUUUGAAGAAGAUUCCUAUUCCACCACCUUGUAUUUAA